UGGCAGAGAAAAGAGGUAGUGAGCUGGUGUUUCAGGAUGUGAGGGCCCGCAGGAGAAGACGGGCUCUCUCUGCCGCCUGCCCGCCACCGUGCACACUCUGGCCAGCGCUACCCACGGUCCCCAUGGUGGGCUGCCCCCGCGGCGGGGACCCGUGAUCAGCAGCGGCAUGCCAGGGAAACCCAAGCACCUGGGUGUCCCCAACGGGCGCAUGGUUCUGGCUGUUUCAGAUGGAGAGCUGAGCAGCACGGCAGGGUCCCAGGGCCAGGGCGAGGGCCGAGGCAGCUCCCUCAGCAUCCACAGUCUCCCCAGUGGCCCCAGCAGCCCCUUCCCCACCGAUGAGCAGCCUGUGGCCAGCUGGGCCUUGUCCUUCGAGCGGCUGUUGCAAGACCCACUGGGCCUGGCUUACUUCACUGAGUUCCUGAAGAAGGAGUUCAGCGCGGAGAACGUAACUUUCUGGAAGGCCUGUGAGCGCUUCCAGCAGAUCCCAGCCAGCGACACAGAGCAGCUAGCUCAGGAGGCCCGCAACAUCUACCAGGAGUUCCUGUCCAGCCAGGCGCUGAGCCCCGUGAACAUCGACAGACAGGCCUGGCUGGGCGAGGAGGUGCUGGCCCAGCCCCGGCCUGAUAUGUUUCGGGCACAGCAGCUUCAGAUUUUCAACCUGAUGAAGUUCGACAGCUACGCACGCUUUGUCAAAUCGCCACUUUAUCGAGAGUGUCUCCUGGCGGAGGCUGAGGGGCGCCCCUUGAGGGACCCUGGCUCCUCGAGCCUCGGGAGCCCCGAUACCACGAGGAAGAAGCCGAAGCUGAAGCCUGGGAAGUCGCUGCCCCUGGGCGUGGAGGAAUUGGGGCAGACGCCAUUUCCUGAGGGUCCCGGGGGCCGCACACUCCGCAAAUCCUUCCGCAGAGAGCUGGACGGCAGGACCACAAACUUGGCCUUGCGCCGAGAAUCUCAGGGCUCCCUCAAUUCCUCGGCCAGCCUGGACCUGGGCUUCCUUGCUUUCAUCAGCAACAAAUCCGAGAAUCAGAGCCACCGGAAGAGCCUCGGGAGCACUGAGGGUGAGACCGAGAGCCGGCCAGGGAAGUACUGCUGCGUGUACCUGCCCGAUGGUACAGCUUCCUUGACCCUGGCUCGACCUGGUCUCACCAUCCGUGACAUGCUGGCAGGCAUCUGUGAGAAACGAGGCCUCUCCCUACCUGACAUCAAAGUCUACCUGGUGGGCAAUGAGCAGAAACCCCUGGUCCUGGAUCAGGAUUGUACUGUGCUAGCGGACCAGGAAGUGCGGCUGGAAAACAGGAUCACCUUUGAGCUCGAGCUGGCAGUGCUGGAGCGUGUGGUGCGGAUUUCUGCCAAACCCACUAAGCGGCUGCAGGAAGCGCUGCAGCCCAUCCUGGCGAAGCAUGGCCUGAGCCUGGAACAGGUGGCCCUACACCGGCCAGGUGAGAAGGAGCUGCUGGAUCUAGAGAAGCUAGUGAGCUCGGUGGCUGCCCAGAGACUGGUCUUGGACACUCUUCCAGGUGCAAAGAUCUGUGGAGGCAGCAACAUAUCCCCCUCCUCCGGCCAGGGAUGCCCUCCUGGGAGCCAGGACAAGGCCACUCCUCUCCACCCACAGCCCCCUGGUUCUGUGUUGGAGGUGCCCAGCAGUGCCACUGGGAAACGGCAGACUUGUGACAUUGAAGGCCUGGUAGAGCUGCUGAACCGGGUACAGAGCUGUGGGGCCCAUGACCAGAGGGGCCUUCUUCGAAAAGAGGACCUGGUACUUCCAGAAUUUCUGCAACUGCCUGCCCAACAGCCCAACUCCCCAGAGGCUCCACCACAGACCAAAUCAGCUGCCCAGCCCACGGGGAGCCCCUCAGAUUCCACCACUGACUCAGCCCUCUGACACUUUAGUCACAGUCCGGGCCGGCUGCAUGGCACCUGGCGGGCCGAGCAUGCCAUGGGUCCGCUCUGCAUGCCCUAUCUGUGCCAUGAGUGUCCCUGGCCCUUUCCUGCCAUGGGCAGGCCCGCAGGAAGAGCCAGGAGCGGGUGGAGAGGGAGCUCAGAGGAGCCAUGUCCCACAGCUGCCACCGCCUGGUCUCACAGGCUCACCCACCCAUCUUCGCAGCCAGGCCACUGGGAAGGGGUGGCCUUAUCUCCUUGGUGCAGCUGUGCCCAACAUGGAGGGGGGGCGUUGGCAGUGCCAGCCUCCCCAGCCUGUGCCAAGUUUCAGCAGGGGGCAAGAGGAGGGGCUGGCCCCUCCUUAGGGAGUGGAUGAGAUUAAGGCCUGGGGGUGCAGUUGGGCAGCCCCUCCCUAUGCCCACAGAGACUCUACUGUACAUAUGGAUUUUGUGGUUGGCUUGGGGCAGCUGGGCUUGUCCUGGAUGUAUGAUAUUGUUAUUAUAAUUAUUAUUAUUAUUCUGCCA